UUGAUUUUUGAGAGUAUUGAUGACAGACUGAUUUCCCUCAAUCCGAUUCCAGGGCGCAAGAGCGGAAGAAAACAUUGGAAUUACUAUUAACUCUUUGCAACAUUCAUUAACCGUUUGGUCCAAGUUUUCUGAAAGGGAUCGAUGUUCUGUUGAGACUAUUGGUGGCUGGGAUCCGGCCAGAGCAAGUAACAAUCUCCAUGUGGAAGGACAGAAAAUGCUGCACUUCUUGAUAUUGCUGGUCUUUUUAUCUUUAAGGAAAAGCUCUGAAUUCCCACAUUCAGUCCGAAUGGCUGCAAUUCUGGAUGAUCCAAUGGAGUGCAACAGAGGAGAAAGACUCGCCAUUAGUCUUGCAAAAAGCCACAUCAAUAGCAUGGUGGAUCCGUCUGAAAGGGCACGGCUGGAGAUUGACCUGUUUGAGCUGCUACGGGACAGUGAAUAUGAAACGGCAGAAACUACUUGUCAGAUUCUCCCAAAGGGGGUCGUUGCAAUCCUGGGUCCUUCCUCGAGUCCAGCAUCUGCCUCGAUUAUCAGUCACAUCUGCGGCGAGAAGGAGGUCCCUCACGUGAAGGUAGCAGCUGAAGAAAUUCCUAAAUUGCAGUAUUUGAGGUUCACUGCAUUAAACCUCCACCCAAGUAACACAGACAUCAGCCUAGCUAUUGCCAGCAUCUUGAACUUCUUCAACAGGACCAUGGCAUGUCUGAUCUGUGCCAAAGCUGAAUGCCUUUUGAGUUUGGAAAAGUUAUUGCGCCAGUUUCUAAUUUCCAAGGACACCUUGUCAGUGCGAAUGUUGGAUCAAAGUCAGGAUUCAACACCACUCCUGAAGGAAAUCCGAGAUGACAAAAUUGCAACCAUAAUUAUUGAUGCCAGUACUUCAGUGUCACAAUCAAUCCUUCACAAGGCUGUGGAGUUAGGAAUGACAUCUGCCUACUAUAACUACAUCUUCACAUCUCUGGAGUUUCCUUUUCUCCAUUUUGAGGGGCUAAAUGAAGAACAUGUGAAUAUCCUGGGAUUCUCCAUCACUAACCCAGAUCAUCCACACUAUAAUGAUUUUGUUCACAGUCUAAACAAAUCCUGGCAGGAAAACUGUGCACACUCAACUUAUCCUGGAGCAGCACUCUCCUCCGCACUCCUGUUUGACGCUGUCUUUGUCAUUGUAACUGCCGUCAAUGAACUUAACCGCAGCCAGGAAAUUGCUGUCAAAUCCUUGUCCUGUGGCUCUACGCAGAUAUGGCAACAUGGAACUAGCCUGAUGAACUACCUGAGAAUGGUGGAACUAGAAGGUCUAACUGGUCACAUCGAAUUCAACAGCAAGGGUCAGAGAACUAAUUAUAUUUUGAAGAUAGUUCAACGCAGUAAAGAAGGACUGAAACAGGUUGGAAUCUGGCACUCAGAGAAUGGACUAGUAAUGGACCGAAGAUUUUAUUUCUUAAAUGCUUCAGAAAGUUUAUUCAAUAAGACUCUGAUAGUGACAACUAUCUUGGAAAAUCCUUAUGUGAUGCUGAAACCAAACCACCAGGAACUCCAGGGGAAUGAACGAUAUGAGGGGUUCUGUGUGGAUAUGCUGAAGGAGCUUUCAGAAAUCCUUAGGUUUCAUUACAAAAUCCAGCUGGUAGCUGACGGUGUUUAUGGGGUAGCAGAGACCAAUGGCACGUGGACGGGGAUGAUCGGUGAGCUGAUUUCGAGGAAAGCUGAUCUGGCAGUAGCAGGUUUAACCAUUACAGCUGAACGUGAGAAGGUCAUCGAUUUCUCCAAACCAUUUAUGACUCUUGGAAUUAGUAUCCUCUAUCGUGUUCAAAUGGGUAGGAAACCUGGUUAUUUUUCCUUCCUGGACCCUUUCUCUCCUGGUGUUUGGCUCUUCAUGGUGCUUGCCUAUCUUGCAGUCAGUUGUGUUCUCUUCCUUGUAGCCAGGUUAUCUCCAUAUGAGUGGUAUAACCCUCAGCCUUGCUUUAAAGGAAAGUGCAACGUGUUGGUCAAUCAGUACUCAUUAGGAAACAGCCUUUGGUUCCCUGUGGGUGGUUUCAUGCAGCAAGGAUCAGAGAUUAUGCCCCGAGCACUUUCCACGCGCUGUGUUAGUGGAGUAUGGUGGGCUUUUACACUCAUUAUCAUAUCAUCAUACACAGCCAAUCUGGCUGCCUUCCUCACAGUACAGAGAAUGGACGUGCCAAUAGAAUCAGUCGAUGACCUUGCUGACCAGACAAACAUUGAAUAUGGAACAAUUCAAAGAGGAUCAAGCAUGACCUUCUUCCAGAAUUCUCGAUACCAAACCUACCAGCGAAUGUGGAACUAUAUGCAUUCCAAACAGCCUAGUGUAUUUGUGAAAAGCACUGAAGAAGGAAUUUCUCGAGUUUUGAACUCCAACUAUGCCUUCUUAUUAGAGUCAACCAUGAAUGAGUACCAUCGACAACGUAAUUGCAACCUUACACAGAUUGGUGGUCUCCUGGAUACCAAAGGAUAUGGUAUAGGCUUGCCACUUGCUUCGCUUUUUCGAAAUGAGUUUGACUUGGCCAUUCUCCAACUUCAGGAAAAUAACCGGCUAGAAAUGCUGAAACGGAAAUGGUGGGAGGGAGGAAAAUGCCCAAAAGAAGGAGAGCAUGGGGCAAAAGGUCUAGGAAUGGAAAACAUUGGUGGCAUUUUUGUGGUUCUAAUCUGUGGCUUAAUCGUUGCUGUUGUCAUGGCAGUGAUUGAAUUCAUGUGGACAAUGAGACACACCACAGAAACAGAGAUUUCUGUUUGUCAGGAGAUGCUGAAAGAGCUGCGGAGUAUCGUGUCAUGUCAGGAGACCAUUAGGUCUCGGCGGAAGCGGCGCUUGAUAAGGACACGUUACAAUCAAACUGAAACUUCGCGUGAUAUGAACGCCAUGAGCCUGAGCAAUGGGAAGCUAUGCAGUGGCACAUUGCCAGACCCAGUCUCCCAGCGAAUGGCGCACGAGGCUGCCCUGACAGUAAGAGGCUGCACCCAUAUUCGUGUCUGUCCAGAAUGCCGUCGAUUUCAGGGCCUGAGGCCCCGGCCUAUGGAGUCACCGAUACAAAGUGAAGAGAGUCUAGAGUGGGAAAAGGGCACAAGUAACAGCAGUGACCAAGAACAAUAGGACAAUGACAAAAAGACCUCCAACUCAAAGACCACUGUGCUUGGGUGAGAUCUGCCCUUGGCAAGAGGGGAAAUACCCUUUGUGGUGGGGUAAAGCAGAAUGCAAGCCCUGGGCAGCAGAUCCUGAAAUAAUGAAUGUUUUUCAUCUUACACAAAAGGACAUUAACAAUGCACUGUGUGGAUCUUCUCUCUCCAAUCAGGGCAGCGGCAGAAUUCUUUCUGUAAAUUCUAAUAGUAAACAAAGUGCCAAACCUCACAUUCCCAUUCUCAGAGCAGCAAGGUCUUGAACCUCAAGCUAUGCACUUCUGUAAACUUCUCCCUAGGCCUGGAAGGGGGCCAUGAUCAACACAAGUUAAUCAAGCGUCACUGAACAAGUGGCAGAGACAGAAAACCAUUGGUGAACAGUUUCUACAAUGGCACACAAAUCCUGGUUAUGUGAAAGCCCCUUUGCACAAGCCCAGGGUGACUGAGUGGGGAGAAAGAGAACAAACCCUAUAUAAAUCCCCCAUCUCUGUUUCUUCAUCCUGUGUGGUAGAAAUUGGACUCACACACUAACCUAGAUUGAAAUUUGUGAAAUGAUUCUAUGCAAUUCCUGUGUU